AUGAUGAAAACAGAGCCUUCAGGAGAAAGAUCAACCCUCCGAAGUGCCUCUCCUCACAGGAACGCUUACAGAACUGAGUUCCAGGCGCUGAAAAGCACCUUUGACAAACCCAAAUCAGAUGGAGACCAAAAAGCGAAAGAGGAAGGAGAGGCCUUGCAGAGCAGAGGAAGGAAAUAUGGCUCAAAUGUCAAUAGGAUUAAGAAUUUGUUUAUGCAGAUGGGCAUGGAGCCCACUGAAAGUGCUGGCGUUACCCCGAAAUCCAGGGGGAAGGGUGGCCCUCCCUCGCCCCAGAGACGAGUUAGGCCCAAAGAAUUUGUAGAAAAAGCAGAUGGUUCCAUCGUCAAGUUGGAGUCGUCCGUCUCAGAGAGGAUCAGUAGGUUCGAUACUCUCCACGAUGGGCCUUCCUAUUCCAAGUUUACAGAGACCCGGAAGAUGUUUGAGCGGAACUCUCAUGAAACGGGACACUCCAAUCGCUAUUCCCCAAAGAAAGAGAAGGUGGUUUCCAGUGAGCUUCCAGAGGAGUGGUGUAGCUCCAAGUCUCAGAGAGGCAGCACUGACUCACUGGACAGCCUUAGCCCCAGGACAGAGACCGUCUCACCAACUGUCAGCCAGCUCAGCGCCGUGUUCGAGAAUGCUGACGUGCACAGCGCGGUCACUGUGGACAAGUCAGAAAACAGCGAGGAGUACUCCGUAACUGGACACUACCCUCUGAACCUCUCCUCCACUGUCACAAACAUCUCCUCCCCAGCUGCAGACUUUGAGGGCUUCAGCCCUUCAAAAGAUGGCACGUGGUCUCCCGCAGCCAAGCAGAAUGCAGGCAUGGUGUCGCCUGAGAGCUGUCAGCAGAACAGCAUGCCUUCGGCACCAAGGCAAAAGACAUCCACAGGCACUUUGGUAAGUUCAAAAACAAUUGAAGAAAUAAAGAAGAAUGCAGAGGUCAGUGCUGAUUCUCUUGAGAUCUCUGCAGCACAUCAACAGGAUUUGGUCAGCGUGCUUGACAGCGAAAGAUCUGUGAACAGCUGUGCUAGGAGUAAGUCAAAAACGGAGGCAGAAGUUUUGUUUCAGCAAAAGGAACGGUCAGAACACACAAAGGGUGUCUUUGAUAGCCCUGAAGCUGCAGAAUUGUCAAGGAAUGCAGCUUCAGGUAGUGAUUUUGCUACAAAUGCUGUUUCGGAUGCUACGGAGUCCCAAUAUGAUGAGGCAAGUGAAAAAGAAGUGCAAGAAGAUGGAAAUAAUUUACAGAGCUCCCACGUGUACAUGCACUCUGACUACAGCGUCUAUCGAGUACGCUCCAGAUACAGCUCUGACUGGGGAGAGACAGGGACAGAGCAGGAUGGUCAGGAUGACAGUGAUGACAAUAACUGUUACGAGCCUGAUAUGGAAUAUUCUGAAAUUAAUGGAUUGCCAGAUGAAGAUGAAAUCCCAGCCAACAGAAAAAUCCAGUUUAGCCGUGCUCCAAUUAAGGUUUUCAAUACAUAUUCCAAUGAAGACUAUGACAGGAGAAACGAUGAAGUUGACCCAGUGGCUGCAUCAGCUGAAUAUGAGCUUGAGAAGCGUGUGGAAAAGUUGGAGCUGUUCCCAGUUGAUCUAGAAAAAGAUGAAGAUGGACUUGGCAUAAGCAUUAUUGGAAUGGGAGUUGGAGCAGAUGCAGGCCUGGAAAAACUGGGAAUUUUUGUCAAAACAGUAACUGAAGGUGGGGCAGCAGAAAGAGAUGGCAGGAUCCAAGUGAAUGACCAAAUUGUGGAAGUUGAUGGCAUCAGUCUGGUUGGUGUUACCCAAAAUUUUGCUGCAACUGUUCUUAGAAACACAAAAGGCAAAGUCAGGUUUGUCAUUGGCCGAGAAAAACCAGGCCAGGUGAGCGAGGUGGCGCAGCUGAUCAGCCAGACUCUGGAGCAGGAACGCCGCCAGAGAGAGCUGCUGGAGCAGCACUAUGCACAGUAUGAUGCAGAUGAUGAUGAGACAGGGGAAUAUGCUACAGACGAAGAAGAUGAAGACAUGGGACCUGUCCUUCCAGGAGGUGACAUGGCUAUUGAAGUGUUUGAUCUCCCUGAAAACGAUGACAUGUUCUCCCCCAGUGAUGUGGACACCAACAAGCUUGCUCACAAAUUCAAAGAGUUGCAAAUCAAACAUGCAGUUACAGAAGCUGAAAUUCAGAAGCUGAAGACAAAGCUGCAGGCUGCUGAGAAUGAGAAGGUGAGGUGGGAAUUGGAGAAGACCCAACUCCAGCAGAACAUUGAGGAGAAUAAGGAGAGGAUGAUGAAAUUAGAGAGUUAUUGGAUUGAGGCACAAACCCUGUGUCACACAGUGAAUGAACACCUCAAGGAGACACAAAGCCAGUAUCAGGCUCUGGAGAAGAAAUACAACAAGGCAAAGAAAUUAAUCAAGGAUUUUCAGCAAAAAGAACUUGACUUCAUCAAACGCCAGGAAGCUGAACGAAAGAAACUCGAAGACUUGGAGAAAGCACACCUUGUGGAGGUUCAAGGCUUACAGGCUCGUAUACAAGACUUGGAAGCAGAAGUUUUCAGGCUAAUGAAGCAAAAUGGGAGCCAGGUUAACAAUAACAACAACAUUUUUGAAAGGCAGACAUCUUUUGGAGACGUUUCUAGAGGAGAUCCAGUGGAAAAUCUAGAUACUAAGCAAGUGUCCUGCCUGGAUGGCUUAAGCCAAGAUUUCAGUGAAGCAGUGCCAGAAACAGAGAGGCUGGACUCCAAAGCUCUGAAGACUCGAGCUCAGCUUUCAGUGAAGAACAAGCGGCAGAGGCCAUCCAGAACAAGGCUGUAUGAUAGCAUCAGUUCAACCGAUGGAGAGGACAGCCUAGAACGAAAGCCGUCGAACAAUUACAGUAGUCCCAUGCACAUUUCAAAACCACCACUGCCCUCAUGCAUGAGAGCAUCCUCACCAGCAUCAGAUUCUGGUGCUUCCUCCCUCUCCCCCGUGGCUAGCAGUGCAACAAUCUCACUUGACAACUUAACUGAAAACCAAGAAGAAGGACAGCAGCACAAAGGAGAUGUCCUUUCCCCACCUGCUCAGGGAGACACUCCACUUUCCUCUCCUUCCAAAUCUGGGCACAGCUCUGAGGCAUCUCCUUUGCAUCACCCAGCUGGCAGGAAUAUUUUACAAGAUAAAGAUGGUGCCACAUGUGCUCAGGCAGCAAGAACAACUGGCCCUGCUAUAGGGCAUACAGAAAAACUAAAGCGAAAGCUUGCAGAUCUUGGGGCUCCCUUGAGGAGGAGUUCAAACAAGGGCAAGAAGCGGAAAGAGAAAGAAGCUGUUAGGGUGACCUGUGGCAGUAGGAUGGCCAAGGAUGUGCUGCAGAAGCAAGCCAGCACUAAACCCUUAUCAGAGAGAUCCUCCUCUCUCCCACACUGUGUACCAUUCACAUGGUAUGGAGAGAGUGGCAAGGGAUCCAAUUCUUCCAGCAACCUGCCGUCGCCCACCAGCUCAACCGAACCUUCCUCUGAAAACAUAAGUCCAGCUAAAAAAGGGUCAAAGAAUUUCACGUUCAACGAUGAUUUCAGUCCCAGCAGCACGAGCUCAGCUGAUUUGAGUGGCUUAGGAGCAGAACCUAAACCCCCAGGUUUCUCACAUUCCUUGGCACUGUCUUCAGAUGAGAGCCUGGAUAUGAUUGAUGAUGAGAUCCUGGAUGAGGGGCAGUCACCUAAGCACAGCCAGUGCCAGAGCCGUGCCGUUCAGGAGUGGAGCGUGCAGCAGGUGUCCCACUGGCUGAUGAGCCUCAACCUGGAGCAGUAUGUGUCUGAAUUCAGCGCCCAGAAUGUUAAUGGGGAGUAUCUCCUUCAGCUGGAUGGCAGCAAGCUCAAGGCUCUCGGUAUGACAUCUUCCCAGGACAGAGCAGUCAUUAAAAAAAAACUAAAGGAAAUGAAAGCAUCCUUGGAGAAAGCUCGCAAAGCUCAAGAGAAGAUGGAGAAGCAAAGGGAAAAGCUGCGGAGGAAGGAACAAGAGCAGCUGCAGAGGAAAUCGAAGAAGCCAGACAAGUGUUCGUCAGAUGCGACAGAGGGCACCAACGAGCAGUGACAGGCAGCUGCCCUGUGGGCAGGUGGAGGCACCUCAAGGGAAAAGAAACUCAGAUCACUCUGGUGCCUCUGCAGCUUCCUUGUGCUGCUUCCAGGAGGUGUGCACAGCGAAGUGGGGCUGUACAUAGAGUUCCCUGCCAGGUCUCCAUUGUGUAGGUUCCUUUUCCCUCAUACCCACUCCCACGCCUUGGCGGUGCCGUGUGGCAUGAGCCCAGCCCCUCGGAUUGUUUCAUUGUUGUUGACAGCUGACCGAUUUCAUGUUCAUGUGGCAAUGUUUCCUUCCAAACUUCUCUGUU